GUCAGAAGUUGAGAACCCAAUCGACAGGCUGUUGGAAGGUUGAUGAAACAUGACAACAAUACUCCAUGAGGUGCUGAGUUCAUUCUUAUCUAGAUGUUACCUGUAUCAUGUCAGGACUGAGCGUGCUUCUCCUGUAGGUAGCAGAGACAUACCAGCAAAGCAGCAGUGCUACACGGGAAUUGAGGCGAAGGUGCAACUGUCAGAUGUUGAGAACUAAUUGACAGGCUGUUGGAUCGUGAAGUCAUCUGGUCCAUCAACAUACAACUCAGUUGCAUGACUUCCACUUAAGUUCAUUUUUCCCUCGGUUUGCUGGUCUGGAUUCUGAGUUAAGCUAAGCACUCGUGCAGAUGCUUUGCUGUCAGUUGUCAAGACAUGGUAUGCACUUAGUGAUGCUUGUCUCCCGAACAAGAUAAACAUCACCAGCUUGUAACGGAUACAGAUAGUUAUGAUUCUGCAAAGAAUUGGUCCAUUAUUGGCAACAAACAGAUCGUGGUGCACAAUAUUCUUUCUGCCUAAUGGCCUUUGCCAGCAGAACUGCUUUUGUUUCUUGACUAUAAAUAGAGUGCACCACAAUGGUUGAGCACUAAAAAAGUGCAUCUGUUCUUCACUUUCUCUUCUAGUCCAAACACAAAAAGUAUCAUCAGUUCAUCCACUAGAAACAUGGCAUGCCAUCAAAGAUCUGCAAGUUUGCCUUCUAUCCCCCACUCCACUGAAUCCAAAGUGGAGGUUGAGCUGCAGGGUCUGCAAACACGCAUCUCUUCGCCAUCUGCGACCAUCGACACAAUGUGUGAUGGUCUGAGGAGGCUUGGAGACAUCUACAACUGCAUCGAGGAGAUCAUGAGCUUGGCCAGCAACCAAGUUGGUCUCUCCUUGCCCCAAAACAAGAAAAUGGUGGAAGAGGAACUGGAACGGUCCCUCGUGGUGAUUGAUCUCUGCAAUUCCAUGCAAGAGAAUUCAGCACAUCUGAAGAUGAGUACCCAGGAGCUGCAACUGGUUCUUAAAAGAGGAGAUGAUGUGGCUGUUCAAAUAAAGGUCGAGUCUUUCAUUCGCCUCGCGAAACAGGCACAAAAGCAUUUCAAGAAGAUCACAAGCAGCAAAGCUACUGCUGAGGAUUGCAAUCUUGUCAGGCUACUAGCAGAAGCCAGAGAGAUGUCUGUCUCUCUACUUGAAUCCACGUCAUAUCUGUUGCCAAAGCAGUUCACCACCACCAAAGGAAGCAAAUGGUCUCUUGUCCCAAAAAGGAAGGUCGUUUGCGAGGAGGAACAGUUGCAAGCGCUAGAGCGAAGUAUGGGAAAUCUUGAGAACGGUGCUGAGUUUCUGUUCAGGAGAUUGAUCCAAAGCAGGGUUUCGCUCCUGAACAUUCUUAGCUCCUAGAUAUUCCUUGGACCUUGUUUCUUUAGCACCUUGUGAUUGGCAUCCUCCUUUUAAAGGAUUUACCAGUCAUAUAGAAUAUUUUUAGUUUGAGUGCAGUACCAAAUGUACAUACAAAUGAUCAGUUGAUAAAAAACAUUUUUGACUUGUUCAUACCAUGACUUAUGAUUUCACUGAUAUUUACCAGGCAUAGCUGAAUGUCAUGUUGAUAUGUUUUUUUCUAGAGUAUAUGG